GGUUCACCAGAUAAGACUCCGCUGCUCAUGUGGAGGAGUGGGGAACCAAACCCGCUUCUCCAGAUUAGAGUCCCCCGCCUCUAACCCCUAACCCAGGCUGGCUGUUUCAAGAAAGGGAGUUUAGCUUGUGACUGAGAGCAUUACAAUAAGGAGUCUGGGACUGUCUGAGGUUAUCUGGACUAUUGGCAAGAGGGGGUUUGGAGCCACCUGGGGUGCUCCUGUAGUAGGCUGUGUCCUGGACAAUUUGUGCUGGAUGGCGUAGAGGUUUCUGUUUCUCUGUGUGGCUCCAAUCCAAGAGGGUGGGUUAUCGAAAAGAGGGCAUGUGUGUACCAGAGGGCAGAUGACAACCAGUCCAAGAAGAAGGAACAGAUAGGAGGCCAGGCGUCAGGAGAAAACUAAUAGGGUUAUGUACAGAUGUAUCUGCUCUCUGUGUGUGUUUGGGUAAGGGUCUCCAUACUCCUGCUUGGGAACACGAGUGACCGUGUGAGAAACGGGUUCUUCGAUAAAUACACAGUCAACAAGGAUGUAGGCCGGUGGUUUCCAACCUGGGGCAUAAAUAAAUAAAAGAUCCCGGGACGCCACCCAAGGAGGGAGGAGUGAAGGCGUGUGACGAAGAGGCUGCAGGAAGAGAGGGAGUAUGAAAACCGGACAGAUGGAAGGAGGGAAGAAGAGGAAACUUUCCGGGGAUUUCUGAGAACGGCCAGUGGACUUCCUGGACGUGGCUGGACAGAGCAGCGACAGGCUCCAACUGUAGCGACCGGGAGGAUAACAAGGGGUGCUUUUCUGUGCGUCUCUGCUGCUUUUGGCACGACCUCUUGGCAGGAGGCAGCGGAUCAGGGCGACUACAAAAGCAGGAAGCAGCGAAACGGGACGGUCCUGUGAGUCACCCCGAGCUGUGGAGCGAAGAAGGCUUUUUUUGGAAAGAUGCCCAUCCUCAAGCAAUCUCCGGUCUCCCACUCCAAGAAGCGGCCCCGCCUGGACCGGGCCAUGAUCAGCGCCCCUUUGGGGGACUUCAGGCACACGAUGCACAUCGGCCGGGGCGGAGACGCUUUUGGGGACACGUCGUUCCUCAGCAACCACGGGGGCUCCAAGGCCAACGGGCUGGCCUCGGAGGUCUCCGGGUCUCCAGACCACCUCUCUGUUUCUGGAGCGGAUUCCGGCCAUUUUGAACUGCUGUCUCCCCCGGGGAAGGGGGGAAAUGGCGUGAUCCAGAGCCCGGCAACGUCAACCCCUGACGGAAGCUAUGUGGUCAUGGAAGACCAGCAGCCGCAGGUGGCCCACGAAGAUGCCAGCUGGAACCUUCACCAGAAGAUCUCCUUAGAGAGCCCCGCUCUGGAGUACGGUGAGUCCUUUCUGUCCUUCCAGCUGGACCUCGGGCCUUCCAUCUUGGACGAGGUCCUUGGAGUGAUGGAUAAAGACUGGGACAGUAUCAAGGACCUGGACCAGGGACCACUGAGGACCGAAAGCCUGAGCCCAGUUGGGCACCAUCUUCACCAUGCCGUUGAUGAUGAGGACGACGAGGGAGGGAAGAUGACGAUGAGGAGGACAUGGGGCAGUCAUACAGCUUUGAGGGGAUGAGCAAAGGCAAGAGAUUAAUAUAGGGAGGAAGGAGUGACACCGGUCUGUCUCUCCUUGGCUUCUCUACUCCUCUUCCUUCCUCCAAACACUCCUCUCUGCAGAGUUUCCCAGUAGUGGGCAGCUAGCCGCCCACAGGCCACUAGCCUGUCCUGCAGAUGACCGCUGGUUGGCCUGCUGCUUCUCUUUGGCCCUCAAAGAAGCCUGAUAGCUUUACAACCCCUCCUAGCUGACUCCAAGAGGAAGACGGACAGAGGCACACCAGGUGCACUCCCCCUCCGUGACUGCUGAAAUCUCCCGUUUGAGGAAAGGCAUCGGGCUGGUUUCUAGGUCUGGCCAUGGCGAAUGAAUGAACGAACGAAUGAAGGGGAGAAAGGGAAAGGACUUGGCUUCUCAGCUUGGAGAUUGGCCUUCAGGCCAGCCAAGUGAUACGUGAAAGAACACUCGCUCUGAAAAACGGGGUUGCGGUGCAGGCCCAGUAGUGGUUUUCCUUUCUCGUACCCCCUCACAAGGCCUGGAAUGGUAGAACUCUUCCACGCACACAAUGUUUGGCCCCUGCUGAGAAAUGCAUCUUGGUUCCUAGCCGCCUUGUGUCUGUCGAACGGACGGACAGCACGUGUGGACGUGUCGAGAACUCCUCCGUGUCACUGUCUUCCCAUUCUGCCUUUCAUUUCUCAGAACGCCAUUUUUUUAAAA